ACAGCUCGUGGAGCCGUGCCGGUCGGAACCGGCGCCGACACCGCCAGUGUGACUGGUGGAGCUCCAGGAGCCGGAGGUCACCAGUAUUUAGCGACCGGCGGUGACCGGCAGACACUACAGUACAUCCAGCGCCAGCCGCCGGGCAGGCAGAUUGUCACCAUGGCACCGGUGCCGGUGGUGCAGCUGGUGCUAACACUUACGCUCGUCGUGGUGCAGUCUUCAGAUGCCUGGAUUCGGUGGGACCGUUUCGACGACAGGUGUCAGCAGAAGUCUGCCCGGCUAGCCGUCGGUACCCGGAUGGAGACCGAGAUUGUGUACACCUCCCCGGCCACGGCUCUGGACGGCCACGCCGGGCGACUGAUCUCGAGCCGCGUCACCGGCGGACCGUACAAGGCCCUGGAGCUAUGUGUGGACUACGGCUACGCGGGCCACCAGGUGGACGUGUCCACGCCACCGCAGGUGUAUGUGGACACGGCGGUGGACGUGGACAGUGGCCGGGGACAGCCCCUCAUCCGGCUCACCAGUCCUGCGGUUCAUCGUGUGCCGGAGGGGCAGCGGCUGGAGCUGACCUGCUCAGCAGUCGGCGAGCCGACCGUGGCCGUCCAGUGGAGCGGUGACGCCGCGUUCUCCGCCCUGAAGGCGGUGCCGGGCCGCGCCACGGGCGUGUUCGAGCGGGUGACGGCCGCCGACGCGGGCCGGCUCACCUGUCGCCUCGUCAGCGGCGCCGUGUGGCUGGAGCAGAGCGUGCGGCUGGUGGUGGUGCCGGCCCGACACGGCACGCCGCCCACCAUCCGCCCGCCCGACGGCGGCGAACUGGAGGUGAACUGGGGCCAGCCCACCGAGCUGACCUGCGCGGCCACCGGCGACCCCACACCGAGCGUCGACUGGCUGGACCCUUCGCAAUUUUCGACUGUGGGGGCCGUGGGGGGCCGCGCGACCGGCCGCAUCGCGGACGUCACGCUCGGCCACGAAGGCACCUAUACGUGCCGCGCCGAGAACCAUGCCGGCGUGGUCACGGCGCAUCUUCGGCUGAGUAUAGGCGGCCCCUGUGUGCAGAUGCCCAGGGGGGCGCCCGGCGAGCCGCCUACAUUCUUCCCGCCCGGCUGUGCCAUCGUUGACCCCCCGGGCUUCGUCCCUCACCACGAGACCGGGCCGUCCGUCCGGUCGGUCGGUGCGCCCAGCGUCCCCACGCACGGAUCGCCCGCACUCAGACCCUCCUGCAUCCCGGAUCCGCCCGGUCCGCCGGGCUCGCGGCCGCGGCCGCUGCCGCCCGGCUGCCCGCCCGACCCGGCGCGACCGCCCAGUCCGCCGUGCCGGCGGGGUCCGCCCGGGGGCCCGACGUUCGUCCCGAUCGGCUGCGAGCUGGACCAGUACGGCGGCCGGCUGGACGUGCCGCCGGGAGCCAUAGACGACAGCGUGCUGGCGGUCUCACCGCCCGGGCCGGUGGGCCCGCCCAGCGGCCAGCCGCCCGCACCCAAACGCUUCUGCGUCCGGGGUCCGCGCGGUCCGCCGGGCUCGCGGCCGAAAUUCUUCCCGCGCGGCUGCAACCUACCUCCGGGAGCCAUAGACGACAGCGAGCUGGCGGGCCCCGGCUCUGACAGCGAGACCUGGACGUCCGGCCCGUCGGCGCCCUCUACCACGUACCGGCCGCCGUCCAUCCGGUUCGACCAGUCGUCAGUGGUGUGGGCCGAGAAGGGCACGGACAUCGCGCUGACGUGCCUCGGGGACGGCGCGCCGGCGCCCAACAUCACCUGGCUGCACCGGUCGCGGUUCAGCCGGGUAGUCGAGGUGCCCGGCCGGAGCACCGCCACGCUGGCCGACGUCCAGCCGCACCACUCGCUCCUCUACAGCUGCUGGGCCGAGAACGAGGCGGGCGCCGCUCUCGCCUGGGUCCGUCUGGUCGUCUACAGCCCCGAGUGCCUGCCGUCGCCGCCCGGGCCCCGCGGCCGGCCGCCGCUGCCGCCGCCGUCACACUGCCCGCUGCUGCCGCCGUGCCCGCCGGUCGGCCCGCCCGGGUCGCCGUCGCCACCACCCCACUGCCGUCAGCCGGGUCCGCCGUCCCCGCUGCCCGUAAUCUGUCCUCUGCCAAGCUAUCCCGGCUCCCCGCCGAGAUAUCGUCCUCCAGGCUGCCCCACCCUGCCCGCGCUGAAACCCGACUGCAUCCCGGGACCGGGGACCGGGUGUCCCCCGGAGAUACCGAACCCGUUCACAUCCACCUGAGCGGCGGGUCAGCCGGCCGACACCGGGUGGCUGAGAGCCCACCCGACCUCAGACGGGUGAGCACUGAGCAGCACCGAGUGCCGCGUCAGCGCGGCGCCCAUCUGAAUCAACUGAAAGUGCGACGCGAUCCGAUGAAUAUUCACCUUUAUUCGAAGCAUGAAUGUCUUUCGAGAUUAAGGUGCGAUAUUGAAUUGAUGACGUUUGCAAUUCAUGCAGUUUGGUUAUGUAAAAAGCUCGGGCACUAUAUUUGUUUUUACAUUGCAGGGAAAUGCAAGAUGACAUUACCUAUAGUUUUAUCAGUUGUCUCAGUGAAACAAAAUUCUGAAGAAUACACUGAAUAAAGCCAUGAAGCAAAA